UGGCUGGAGCUACCUCCGUCUCCUCCAUCUAUUCUGGGAUCAUGCCUCUGCUACGGAACCCUUGGCCUCCACCACCAACCACAACCUGCCACUGCAGACAAUGUCUUCCACCAGUGGCCCAGACUUGGCACAGGUGUACAGAGACUACAUCGCCGCGAUCACUGAGUUUGGUCUCCCCACUUCACCAGACUGGCUAUCCGACUUUGUCCAUGUUGAUGUCAUUCACAACUCACACCCUCUCGGUAUCCAGCAGUACAGAGCUCUCAUUACUGCCAACAUAUCGGCGCCUCGCACAGAAAUCACUGUUGAGAAGCUGAUUGUGCAAGAUGACCACGUUUCGGCUAGAUUGCGAUUCACGGUGCCUCACACCUGCAACUCAUAUCUGGGCCACUCUCUUGUGCCUGCAGCUGGAAGAGUGCACAUAGCGCCAGACGGAAGUGUUGGCAAGAGAGACGACCACUCUUUUGACGUGUUUGAGCACGUCACAUACCAGUUUGGCAUCGAUGAGGCUGAUGGCAAGUGGAAGAUCAAGGAAGUCUGGAGUAUCGCCGACAUCGAGCCGGUGAAGAAGAAUUGCAUUUGAUGAAAGGCACAACCAGACGGAAAUCUACAAGUACCCGCUUUGUGAUCUCUCGUUGCGACUUCGAUCAUUGGCUCGGCUCGCUUCGACAGA